AUGCUAGACACAGCUAGCAAUGGGAACUUCCUCAAACAGGAUGUAGAUAAUGGCUGGCAACUUGUGGAGAACAUAGCCAACUCAAAUGGAAGCUAUGGAGAAGAGUAUGAUCGCACCAACCGGAGCUCGACCCACCACUCGAUCGAAUCAAAAGAAGGGGAGGAUACACAAUUCGCUGAGGUGUGCUACAUGAGCAAUGGGCAAGGAGGUUACAACAAAGGAUACUAUAACUACAAGUCCAACCCUGCCAUGUCAUACCGCAACACUGAUGUUGCUAACCCUCAGGACCAAGUAUAUCCUCAACAACAAGCAGCUCGAUCGAGUCAGGUGCCACAACAUGGGUAUGGACAAAAGAACAAUUACCAAGGACCACAAGGCACUUUCCCUGGACAACAAAUGAAUAUCCCACCAGGCUUCCCCCACCAACCGCCCCAGCCUGCACCUUCACAAGAGAAUGAGCUCAAAGCAAUGCUAAAGCAACUACUUCAAGGGCAAGCUGAUGGGGUAGUGGACACAAGCAAGAAGCUAGCUGAAAUAAACUCAAGAUCGAGAAUCUCAACACAAGGGUUUACUCUCUGGAGAAUCAUGCUUCUUCUGUUGCUGCUGAUACAAAGCAAGGACAACUACCUGGUAAAGCUAUUCAGACCUCAAGGAACAGUGCAAGGUCACAAGGAAGUGAUUCACAAGUUCAGAAGAGAUCUCAGUGGGAUUGGAAUUGAGUUGCCUCCUAUGGAUAGCAUGAGUGAGGCAUUUGAUCAAAUGCAAAUGGUCAAGGAUGUUCUAGCCAACAGUGAUAAAGUUUCAGAGGUCCUGAAAGAGUCUACUCAUCAGUUCAACCUGCUUACUUCACCCACCUUCCUACCAAAGGUCAAAGAUCAAGGGAAAUUCACUCUCCCUUGCACACUUGGGCAUCUUGAGAUUGACAAUGCCUUAGUGGAUUCUGGAGCAAGCAUCAAUCUGAUCUCUCUCUCCAUGGCAGAGAAGCUAGGCAUUGCUGGAGCCUUGCAGCGCCCUACUACUUCAAUCAUGUUUGGAGAUGCAACUUCUAAGUCUCCUCUUGGAGUGUUCAAGAACUAUCACUUGAAAAUUGGAGAAUGCAUCAUCCAAACUGAUCUCACUGUGAUGGAAAUGGAAGAAGAGAAGGAUCUACCUCUGUUAUUGGGAACCCCAUUUCCUUAUACCACUCUCAGUUCUAAGAGUCAUGGAGCUACAAAGGUUGUGAAGGAAAGGGUUGACAAAGAACCAAGAGUUGGGAAGGAUAAGGAUGAGAGAGGACCAAGGAUUGAGAAGCCACGUCUUGAGAGGGCUAGAGUUGAGAAACCACGCUCUGAUAGACCACGAGCUGAUCGACUUGUUCAAGCCCCUUGUGUGCUUGAUGAAGAAAGCCUUCAAGCUUUGUUUGAUGAGCCACUAGGAAGGGCUCUAAAAGAAGGGGAGGAUGUAGCCUCUAAGGCAAGACCAGGGGAUAAAAGAAAAGAUCCACCAGCUCAGGCCCCUUCAUUCAAGCCAUCUCAGCUCACAAUGACUUUGUUCCCCACCAAGUUUGAAAAUGGGAAGAUUGAGUACAAGAUAAGGUACAAGGGGAGAUCAAGGCCAUUCUCUAGAGCCAAAGCCUUGGUGACUUCAGAACAAUCCAGGGACCCAUCCAAGCUAAAGGAGCUUCUGUCUCAAGUCCUCACUAUCACCCUUGAUGGUGGGACUAGCUCAACCAAUGCCUAA